CAAAGAAGAAGAGUGAUAUCCGGCUUUCGGCGUUGGACUUCAGUCAGAUUCUUCAGAUCGUCGCGCCAUUCUCUGUCAUAUUUUCAUGCUUUAGCCGUUAAAGAAGACAUUUUCUCAGCCAACAUAAUUUUUGUGGGCGAUUCUGCUUCCGUGGUUUGUAAUUUUUGCAUCUUUUUUUCUGAAUUGUACGGAAAUAAGUUAUAAGAUAUUGCCGUGCAGUUCUACUGUAGAUCUACGAUGAUCACCAGAAGAAGAGGCCGCGUAAUGAACAACACUCAGUCUCUUGAGGUUGAAGUGAUGGAUGCAGUGGAAACUGUAGAGGAUCUCCCCAGUCCUUCUGAAAGCUUCCUGGCCGGUGAGAUUGACGCCAGUGGAGUCGUGCUUGAUGACCUGUUUGGGAUUGAAGACAUGGCAUGGACUCUUGAAAGAGACUCAAUGUCUCCCAUCCUUGAUAUGGAGCUUGCUGAUCUUGGCAUGUACUAUGGCAAGGAACAAGAUUCUGGGUUUGACGCUUCUACAGCCUCAUCUCCGGAGAGAGUGGAAUCUGAUUUGAAGAACAAGAACAGGCGUAACCACGCAAGCUGCCCGAGCAACAAAAACGCCAUCGCUGCAAGAAUGAACCGUCUUAAGAAGAAAGAGUACGUCAACAGCCUGGAGAGGAAAGUUGGCGUACUGUCAUCUGAAAACAACACCCUCAAACAGGAAAAUUCUCAACUGACCAAGAGAGUGGAGGAACUGGAAGAUGAGACCAGGUACCUGAGAGCUGUGCUGGCCAAUGAGAGCAUGUUAGCCCAGCUCUUGUCCAGGCUGAGCGGUGUGAAUGGGAUGAAAUUAUCUUCCUCGCUUUUCCAGGGGCCCGGCGAAAACGACCACGACUACGCCUUACCCAGGAAGCGUGUGAAAGUGGAGGAGAAAGAGACAUCUGGUGGCGUGUGUCUACACGUGGACAAGAACCACGUCUCUGUGGAGUUCUGCACCAAGUGUGCACAGAGUGCGAGCACGUCGCUCAAAAUGUAGGGUCAAGUACUAAUCUGUUUUCAGAAUUUGAGACUGAACUGAGUGUACUGAACUUUCUUGAAGGUGGAUGAACACUGUUAGCUAAAAGUACCUAAGAACUGCUGAAUGUGCAUGUGCAUUUUUGUGUGAUGAUGGUUUGAGUACACGUUACUGCUAAACCUUGUUGACAGUUUCUUCUAGGUAAUGGUUGAUCCUCCAUGGGGGCUGAGUGGCUUCUGAACACCUUUACCUGCUUGACUCCAUGUGGAUUCUGCUGGUGGAAGGCGAAGAGGCUGGACAAGCUGCUGCCAACGUGGCCUGGUAUUUUUUUAAAGGUAGUAUCGGUAUCAAACGGUACAAGUGGCUUUUAUUUCACCAAAACUCCACACCAGUAGCUGUAGUUGUUUUUGCAGUUUUUGGACGGCCAACUGCAGCUGCUCCUGUUUAUAUUUGGAGCAACGCUACCUGAAGCUAAAUUGUCACAGAACUUUGUCUUGUAUAUAUUUACAUGUAAAAAAAAAAAAGAAAAAAAGUACACACAUCUGCUUUAAGUAAUGAAACUGACCAUUUAAGUGUGACAAAAUGUAAAUGUGUAUAUAUUAUAUAACUCUUGGAUACAUAUUGUUUGAAGUAAAUGGCCUCUGAGAAAUGUUGGAUCAAAUAAAUCAUAUUUUCAUUAA